GUUAACCGCUCUGCAUUCGCGAGGACGUACACACUCGCGUUCGCGCGCGAAUUUUUCUCGUUGCGCCCGCCCUACGCGCAAUAGGUAGGUACGGUACUUCGAGAUUGUUUUUUUUUUUUUUUUUUGUUUUUACAAAGACGAUCGUUCGUUUUGAAAUAUCAUAUUUCAACAGAGACGACGGAAUCGUUGCACCAUCGACGACUAAGUACUUAAAAUAAUAAAUCGCGUUCCCGGCGAUCCGUUUUACGCGUCAAUACACUGUAUAUCGUGCGUAUUUCGUUUGAUAGUGUCGCAACGGACGGACAGAAAGUGAUAAUAAUAUCGUCUGCAAAAGCGUCGGCGGGAACUUCCGAACUCUCGGUACGUCUCUCUCAACGGCGCCGCCGGCAUAGAAGACUGCUGUUGCAGCAGUGCCUAUACCUAUAUUCAUCGGCAACGACCAUCAACCAUUGCAAUUAUUCAGAACUAUAGAGUGUACCAGGGAAGACUUAAACCUACACGCCGCCGCCGACCAUAUCACAACAUAAAGCGCACUGCACGACCUGCAGGAUGGUGCGGCGGUGACGUAGAGUAAAAUACAACGGACAAAAAACCAAGCGCGCGCGCGCGCUCACACUCACACGCACACGAAAUACGCGUCGGCUGGGCCGUCGAACAUUUUUACGCACGUACAUUAGCGUACAAGAAACGGCAUCAAGGUUCGGUCGGAUGCGCGACGACUUUGAUCUACAGCUGGUGCGGCAGCAGCAUCAGCAGCAACACUUGCAGCAGGAAGACGUGGUCGUCGCCGACGACGACGAUCAACGGAGGAGGAGUAGACGGCGGAUGCACCUUCACCAGCAACACCACCACCAAAACCACGACGACGAGGACGACGACGACGACGGAGACGACGGCGUUGAAGACGCCACUGACGACGGAGACGGCAGUGGCAGCGGUGACGAUCGGGACAGUAACCGUCAUCGGCGGAACUCCGCGGACGCCAGUGAGCCGGACGCCAAUCAGUUGUUGAACGAUACGGACGACGAAGCUGACGACGUCGUCGGCGGCGGCGGUGCGAGCGCGCGCGGCGACGCGAUUGCCAACGCGACGGCCAACAGCACCGGCGACGGUGGUGUUGGUGCCGACGUGGACGUGGACGACGACGACGACGACGACGUGGACAUGAUGAUGAUGAUAGAUUCGGGUAGACAGCCGACGGCCAUUGGUGGCGGCGAGUCUUCUUCGCCGCCGCCGCCGCCGUCGCAGCCGGCUACGCUCGGGUCGGCCAAAGUCGACACGGCCACGACGUCCUCGUCAUCGUCUUCGACGCCGCCGCCGCCGCCGUCCACUUCGACGGUGCCAAUGCCGUCCAUCACCACCAGUACUGCGAGUACCACCGCCACAAGCCAACAGCAGGACGAUUACGACAUGACGACAACAGUUCCCAGUGUCAGUUACAGCGGCAUUAGCGACGGUUAUCCUUCUUCCGUUCCGUCUGUGGGUCUCGCCGACAUGAUUGGCGGCACCGGUAAUCACCUCCACCCACACCACCAUCACCAUUUGCUCCUUUUACAUCACCAACAGCAGCAACAACAGCAACAACAGCAGCAACAACAACACCAACAACACUCUCACCCGUCGCAGCACCAAACCGGCGGCACUGCGGCCACCGGAUAUUACGGUGCUGACGCGGUCAGCGGCCAACAUCACCAUCCAUCGACGGCCGUGCUACCACUGCCACCACCGCCGCCGCCGUUACCACUAUUGCUGCACGAACAACAGCAGCAGCAAAUCGGUGGGGAUUUACAAUUACAACUCCAGUUACACCACCAGCAUCAGCAUCAGCACCAACAGCAACAGCACCAACACCAGCAGCACCAGCAACUGUUACAGCAGCACCAACAUCAGCAACACCAGCAACAGCACCAGCACGAAGACUUAUCUCGCCACCUCCAUCACCACCACCAUCAACUGCAGCUGCAGCAACAGCACCUCGUCGAACACCAGCACCAUCAUCAUGAACUCACUAGUGCCGCUGCUCAUCACCAUCUGCAGCAGCAACAACACCAGCAGCAACAGCAUCAACAGUUCUCGACCACGCACCCGCACCACCCUCAGUAUCUACAGCAGCAACAACAGCGGCAACAGUUCUCACCGGCCACGGCUGCCGUUACCGCCGCCUCAGCCGCCCUCACUCAUCCGCACUAUCACCAACACCAGCAUCACCACCUGCAACACCAACAACACGGCGUCAGCGACGGUGGUGGCACCGGUGACGACGACGAUGACGACGUAGUAACAGCCGCCGCGGCGGCUGCAGCCGAUAAUGGCGGAUAUCCUUCGUCGUCGUCGGCAUCGGCCGCUGCGGCCACGGCUGCCGCUUAUGCAGCGGCGGCAGCGUUAUACAGUGGCAACUCCGGUGCACAGGGACACCAUGGCGUCCAUCAUCAUGGUGGCCACCACCACCAGCCGCAACAGCAGCACAUGUUACAACCACCUGUUGUAGGAGCAGCGCCGCACCAACAACACGGCAUGCAACAACAGCAUCACCAUCAGAUGAUGGUGAUUGGUGGCAGCGUUCCUUCAUUAACUACCGCUCCACCGGCAUCCGAUAGUCCUCCUACACCCGCCUUGAUGCAACUGAGGGCAGCUGCAGCCGCUGCCGCGGCCGCAGUAGUAGAUCCGACCGCUGGAGCUGUGUUGUCGUCGCCACCCGCCGGUAAAACUAGGCGGACGGCAUCGUCAGUAGCCAUAAAUGACACGGUCGGUAGCAGUGGAGGUGGUGGAACAGCUGGCCGUUGCGGCAGUGGUCGCGGCCGGGGUCGUAGACCGGCGGCUGGUGGUCUUUCGGCUGCGGCCGCGGCGGCACUACAACAGCAGCAACAGCAACAGCCGUUGCUAUUGCACCCACAACACACACACCCACAUCAUCACCCACAUAUGCAACAGCAGCAAUUUGGCAGCGGUGGCCCACCAGUCGUGUCAGCGACGGCGACGGCGGCGUCGGCAACAGAACAGCAACAGAGCCCACCGCUAGACAGGGUGUUCGUGUGGGACCUGGACGAAACCAUCAUAGUGUUUAACUCGUUGUUGACGGGUGGCUAUGCGGUAGCUCACGGCAAG